UGCAUUCAUGGUAACUGUUCAAGAUUUGGACACUAUCUGGGACGAAAUUAAGUGCUUACACACUAGUGGUAUGGUGUUUUUUUUAAUGCUGGUUUCAUCUGUGUAUACAAGUUUAGACGAGAUACAAUGAAAUCAAAAAUAUAUUUUGAAUAUCAACUGCUAAUUUUGUCAGUUAGUGAUUAUGAGUCACGCGAGUUUUUUAUAUUCAUCUUUAAGUGUUCUUCGAUGAUUUAUGCUGUGGGGAGGGGGAUAUAUCACGUAACCUUAAUAAUGCAUAAAUUAAUAAGGUUGCGUGAUGUAAAUAAUAUAUUACUUAUAGGAAGUGUACAGGCCUUCAGAUAAACAGCUUCAGGUUAUGUUGUGGUACUGUUCUGCCACUUAUGCGUCAGCUUUCACAUAUGGAGGAAGUUUAAUCAGAUUCUCGUUUCUAGUUGGGUUUUUUCUCUGGGUCAUCUUUGAUUUUCCUUGGCGGGCAUCAAAUGAUAUGCUCCUGUGUGACAUAAUGACAACGGCAUGAUAAUAAUUAAAUUAAAUUUAAAAAUAUUCAAGUUUAGACCCGAUCAUAUUCAAGACGCGGUAUGCUGUUCAAAGAUACAAAACAACUGUUUAUCGAAUUAUUACAAUACACACCAUUGCUUUAAGUGAACUAUUUCAUGUGAAUCAAGCAUACGAAUAAAGCAUUAAGAUUUGGUCUUGUCCCAGGUAUCUGUGAAGUGGAGGAGAUAGAUAUUGUCUCCCUGUUUCCAGUGGGCAUUAUCACAUUCCAUUCUGAAUAUGCGUAAUCUUCAAAUUUCUACUUAUGGAGGUAUAACUCGUUCCUGCCAACCAUUGAAACACUAUCGUAUAUUACUUUGGAAAGACUACCUUUUACGUCGUCGGAGUUUCUGGCUUAUAAUAGCAGAGUUAUUUUUCGCGAUAGUAUUUAUCGCUACAAUCGCUUCUAUUCGCAAUCGUCAUUCGGUAGAUACGAGGUCAUCAUGUUUCAUUCAAAGUCAAAGUUUGACAAGCAUGGGGUUAUUGACCUAUAUGCAGUCUCUUAUCUGUAACUUUAACUAUACAUGUCAACAAAAAAACCCACAGAGUUUUGUUACGUUAAAUGGUUUCGCUCCUCUUAUAUACUUCCUUGAUAAUGUGACUCACUUGGUGGAUAAUCCGAUCUUCUUCAAAUGGUUAAGUCAUCCAGAAUCUUUUGAAACAGAACAACUCUUUGAUUGGAUAUCAAUUAGUGUAAAGUUGACACGUUUAAAAGCAUCAGCUGAUCAUUUAAAAGAAUGGUUUAAUGGAUAUGCUAUGCUAUAUGUAAAUAAUUCUGGUUUACAUUCAUUAAAGUAUGUAUCAGAGUUUAUUUGUGGUGUACCACCAGAAGAAAAUGAUUUAGGCCAUUUUUUUCAUAAGGCACUUAGUCAACUCACAGCUGAUGAUACUGAUGGUGGUGAUUCAAAUUAUAAUAAUAAUAACAAUAAUAAUAAAAGGUUAUCUAAUCGUGUACCUGUCUUGAAUAAUUUAGCUCAACAAUUAGAUGAACACGCUGGUAUGGAUAUUGCAUCAGCGGUUAAACUGCUUACAGAUAAACCAAAACAAACAUUUCAACUUUGUCCAUUAAUCAAGCAAAUAUUAAGCGCUACACCAUUUCUUGUAACAUUUGGUCGUUUAAGAUAUUUUCUAUUCGGUCAGUUAGCCUAUUAUCCAUCGAAUCAAUUCACUGAUGAAGUGAUCCACAAUAUGGGUGAAUACACGCGUAUACUGAAUAGUACACGUCAAUGGACUACAACGUAUUUCACUCAUAUUCGUCCAGUAUUAACAAAUCUUUUCAAUAAUGAAUCAAAUAUUCGGCGUAUAUUACAUGAUCAUUUAACCGAGUGUUAUACAAAUAAAAAAAAAUUAUACUCUGAAGAAAUUCAAAAUACUUGUUAUGCUGUGUUACAAAUGUUAAAUCAAAAUGCAACUAUUGACUAUGCAGGUUUAAAUACAAAUUGGAAAGUGCUGCUUAGUCUAUCCGACUAUUUUAUUGCCUCAGCACGUGACCUACUGACUGACUGUUUUCAGAUUGAAAAGAAAUUUUUACCGUUCCAGAAUCGUGAAGAUUUUGACAAGUAUAUGUUUAAACAUCAAAAUGAUCCAUUGACUUCACCUAUCGGCCUGAUUUUCGAUCAAAUCCCAUUGUAUUAUAAUAACACGAAUAAUUCUCACCACAGUCCUCCUCCUCAUCAUCAUCAGUAUUAUCCUCCUAGUUUACAGGCAAUUUCAAGUCUGCCUAAUGUCUUCUCUGUAUCUAUACGUAAAGAUCCAUCGUAUUUAUACCCAACAAGUAAUUAUAAAGUAAUGGAUAGCUAUGAUAUCCCCAUACCACGUCGUAAUCCCCAGAAAGAAAUGAAAUAUUUCACUAGUGGUUUUAUAGAUGUCCAAGAACAGUUGACAAAAGCAUUAAUACAAAUCACAUCAAAGCAUAUUGGUGCUACAAGUCUAUUCAAUCGCCUAAUUCAUAAUGUUGGUAUUGAAAUGAAAAUGUUUCCAAGUCCACCAUAUGCAUUCGAUUCAUUAUUAGCCAAUAUUAUCCUAUUGCUGCCACAAUUAAUGGUACUCACAUGGGUGUUAUCUGUUAUCCUAAGUGUUAAAUAUAUGGUUGAUGAAAAAGAAAGUCGAUUAGUUGAUUUUCUACAAACAUUUGGUAUUUCUUUAUCUAUAAAUUGGCUGGCAUGGAUAACAAUCUCUUUUAUAAUUAUGGCAUUUUUUUCAUUACCAGUUGUAUUGAUUCUUAAAUAUGGAAAAAUUAUCCCACUAACCGAUAUAACAUUGAGUUAUUUUAUGAUAUUAAGUUAUACUGUAUCAUGUCUUGUCUAUUGUGUACUAUUUACAGUUGUUUCUGUUCGUGCAACAAUUGCUUCAGUUGUUGCUGGUAUCACCUAUUUUCUAUUGUUUAUGCCAGCAGCUGUUAUCCUACGCUAUGAGGAAUUACCUAGUGAUAUCUGGUUAAUAGGAUUUGGUCUUAUUCCACAAGUUAGUUAUUCAUUAAGUUGGGUAUUUUUAAAUCGUCUUGAAAUCAAUGGGAAUGGUGCACAAUGGUCAAAUAUGUGGCAUACAGGAAGUUCACAUAGUAUCUUUUCAUUAGGUACUACAUUAUUACUUUUAUGGAUUGGUACAGCAUUGAUGGGUAUUUUAGCUUUUUGGGGUGUACCAACCAUCAAAAGAUAUUAUACAGUGUUUAUGCAUAAAUAUGUAUUGAAUGGUAUUUUAAAUCUAUCGUCGUCAUCACCAUCAUCGUUAACAUCCUUGAAAAGUGUUAAAAAGCGCAGAAAACGGAAACUUAGCAGUGUUGGAAUUUUUGAGGAGACAAUUUCAUCAUCAGUAUCAUCUACAACAGACAAUUCUCAAUUAUUAAUGAAUACUAAUCAUAAUAAUAAUCCAUUUAGAAAUGAAAGAGAAAAUUUACUGAACCCACCGACAACAAUGCUGCAUACCGGCAUAGGAAAUUCACACAGUGGAAUGAUACCACCGCCAACUGUUGUUGUUGAUAGUCUAUGCAAGAUAUAUCAACCAGCUAAUCGUGUAGCUUUGCAUAGUGUGAAUAUGAAUUUCUAUGAAGAUCAAAUCACUGUAAUAUUGGGACGUAAUGGUGCUGGUAAAACUACACUGCUAUCUAUUCUAGUUGGUAUUUUACAGCCUACAGAAGGGAAAAUAACCAUGUAUGGACAUGAAAUACACAAAAAUUUAGGUAUGAUAAGAAAGCUGUUAGGUUAUUGUCCACAAUACAAUAUUCUCUAUGAUUCAUUAACAGUUGCUGAGCAUAUCUACUUAUUUGGUACACUAAAAGGAGUGAGUAGUUCUAAUCUAACCGAAAAGUUGAAUGAUUACCUAUCAAAACUUGGAUUGUCAGAUAAACGCAAUGAAUUAGCUAGUCGACUGUCUGGUGGUCAACGUAGAAAGCUAUCAUUGUUCUUAGCUUUUCUAGGCCAAUCGUCUGUGAUACUUCUUGAUGAACCGACCGCUUCAUUGGAUCCAUUUUCAAGACGUGCUGUAUGGGAUUUGCUGAAAGCAUUACGUAAAGGUCGUACAAUUAUUUUAAGUUCACAUCAUAUGUAUGAAAGUGAAUUAUUAGGUGAUCAAAUUUCAAUUAUAUCAAAAGGUACAGUAUUGUGUUCUGGUUCAAGUUUAUCACUGAAAUCAGUUUAUGGUUCAGGGUAUCAUUUAUUGCUGGAAGUUGAUCCUGUAAAAUUGAAUACAUCCAAUGGGAAUAAUAAUAAUAAUAAUGAAUCCUUGUCUACAACUGGAUUAAUCAAAGUCAUACAAACUUAUGUUAAUGGUGCUCGUCUAUUACGUCAUAACGCUAAUAAAUUAACAAUUUAUUUACCAACUAAUGAUGCAUUGACAGGAAAUUUUACAAAAUUAUUUCAACAAUUAGACAAUCAUGAAUUUUGUCAAAUGCAUCAUAUAGAACAUUUUGAAAUCUCUGAUUCAUCCUUGGAGGAAGUGUUUCUCACAGUAACUGGGGAUAAUCAACCCCCUGAAAGUCCUACAGAUACUAUAAACUAUUCUAUUAAUCAUGAAAAUGGAUUUAGUAAUGUUGAAUUUCAAAUGAAACAAAUCGAUCGUAGCAAUAGCCAGCAACAUCAUCAGCAUUAUCCUCGUAAGAAUAGUUUAUCGCAUCGGAAUAAUCCCUCAUUAAGAUAUAAUUUAUUUUGUAAAAAUAUGCUUAAAGCAAUGUUGUUUAAACGUUAUAUCUAUCUAAAACGUCAUAAAUUAUCCUGGAUUAUUGAGUUUGUAUUUCCAUGCAUAUUGAUUAUAACUUCGAUAGGAUUUCUACGGUUAUUUAAACCACCUGAAAUACAACCUCCGAUGGAUAUUAAUCAUUGGCUGUUAAAAAGUCGACAUAUCAAUGAGUUGCUUCAUUUUUAUGCACAUGAUACUGAUAUAUCCUUAUCAUUAUCUAAUGAAAAGAAUCCUUUAGUAUCUUAUGUGAAAAUGUUGAAUAAUCCUUUAAGUUUAACUGGUACUGGUUGUAUACCAUCGAAGUUGCACACAUUUCAACCAUCGCUUAGUUCAAAUUGUUUAAUUCAAUCGAAUGGUCAAAUGAACAAAAUAAACAAAGCGUAUUAUUCAAAAGUUUGUCAAAUGUACUCCUCCUCCUCCUCGUCAUCAUCAUCAGCGUCAACAUCUUUAUUGUCAAAAGACUCGUGUCAUCCAUUAGCUACUGGAGAUAUAUUAUUAAAUUUAACUGGUAUUGAUAUUCCUUCUUAUAUACUUAAUCAUUCUAAAAUACUGAAUAAUGUUCUAUUCGGUGGAAUUGAAUUUCUUAAUGUUGAAAAAUUUGAAUUAAAUGAUAUGCUUUAUAAUAUUUUUGCAAAACUUGGUAAGUAUUCACAAGUGUUAAGUAGUAGUCAAUCGACUAGUUGGAAUGAAUUUCUCAGCAAUCUACGACUUACUUUACCUCCAUCAAAAAUGAUACGUAUAUGGUAUGAUAAUCGUGGUUAUAUAUCAGCAGCAGCGUAUUUAAAUCUUUUACAAAAUCUUCAAUAUCGUAUGAUUUUAACAUCGUCAGUAUCAGAGUCUAUGAAGAAUGGUGGCGCAGGCGCAGGCGCAGGCGCAGGCGCAGGCGCAGGUGCAGGUGCAGGCGUUGGUCAUCCAACCAACUCUGGCAUUAUAAUCACUAAUCAUCCUUUACCUAAUCCGGAGAUAUCAAAAUUUACCCAAUUAAGUGAAAAUAUGAAAGCUGAUUAUUUAUUAUCUUUAUUUCUUGUCUUAUCGUUAUCUUUUAUACCAGCUAGUUUUGUUAGCCUACUUGUCUAUGAACGUUUUAAUAAUUCAAAACAUUUACAAAAUUUAUCUGGUCUUCUGCCUUCAGUGUAUUGGUCAGCUAAUUUUAUUUUUGAUCUGACAAGUUAUUUAAUCUCCUCGUCUGUAUGCAUUCUAAUUCUUGUUAUUCAUGGGGAAUCUGCUUAUGUACAACGUGAAUCAAUUUGUCAAUUUAUUUUAAUUAUAUACCUAUAUGGUUGUGCUAUGAUUUCACUAACUUAUGCUUCUAGCUUCAUAUUUAAAUAUCCGAGUACAGCAUUUGUAUUAGUGUGUGGUAUGAAUUUAGUCAUUGGCACAGUGACAACAUUUUUAUGCUUUUUUGUUGAAAUCCUGUCUUUAGGAGAUAGUGAUAAGGAUUAUGCAAAGACUACAGUGUUUAUUAGUAAUUGGUUUCGUAUUGCACCGCAUUAUUGUCUUAGUAGUAGUGUAUAUACAAUAGCUGUAAGAAAUUUUUUCACUAAAUCCGGUAUUCCGUAUAAACAGAAUGCAUCAUUAUGGAGUUUAUUAAGUGUUGAUAUGUUAUGCUUAUUAUUACAAUCAUUUUUAUUUUUUAUAUUUGUAUUAUUAUUGGAGAAACGUUUUUAUAUUACACAGUUAAUGCAUUGGAAGAGACGUACAUUUUCACGUGGAUCAGUUUAUAUCGAUUUAGAGUCAAGUAUACAAAAAACGAUGCACAAUUCAUCUUCUGACUGUCCAUAUGCCAUUAAUGCUGAAUCAAUUGUUAAACAUUAUUGGUCACAAAAAAAGCCUACAGUGGAACGUCUGAGUUUAACUGUACGACCAGGUGAAUGUUAUGGCCUACUGGGUGUAAAUGGUGCUGGCAAGUCAACUACUUAUUCAAUGUUAACUGGACAUUGUACAAUAACACGUGGACAUGUUUACUUAAAUGGUUAUGAUAUAGAAUUAGAGUAUAGUAAAGCCUGUCAAAGUAUUGGAUAUUGUCCACAACAAGAUGCUUUAUGCGAAUUUAUGACUGUACGUGAAAUGUUAACAUUUUAUAGUUAUCUAAGAUGUUAUAAUUCUCCUGGAGUUGAUGUCAAUCAUAAGCAUAUUGUUAACAAAAUGAUUCGAUUAACUGGUUUACAAGAUUAUGCUAAUCGAUUGAUUACAACCCUAUCCGGUGGGAAUAAACGCAAACUGUCUACUGGGAUUGCAUUUAUCGGUAAUCCAAAUAUUAUCCUAUUAGAUGAACCAUCUACUGGUAUGGAUCCACAAGCAAAAUAUUUACUAUGGAAAAAUGUACAACAUGCUUUACAAUUAAAUUGUGCUGUCCUCCUAAGUUCCCAUUGUAUGGAAGAAUGUGAAUUAUUAUGUAAUCGUAUUGGUCUACUGGUCAAUGGACAAAUUCGAUGUACUGGUACACCAUUAGAAUUAAAAACACGUUAUGGUUUAGGCUAUCAAAUUGAUAUUGAAUUCACUCAAAAUGUUCUAACACAAUUCAGUAAUAUUAAUGAACUGCACACUUUAUUAACGCAAUAUUUACCAGGUUUUCAAUUACGUUAUCCUUUGUUAGCUAGACAACAGUAUAAUUUUUGUAAAAAUCAACCUUUAUGGAAGUUGUUCAAUGCAUUAACAGAAUUAAAUCAAAAAAAUUUAAUUAAUUAUAUUUCUAUUAGACAGUCUACGCUUGAAGAUGUUUUUGUUAAUUUUAUACAUAUGUAUGAGAAAAAUGAAUUAUUGGACGAUUGAACAAACACCUUGAACAAGGAGAAAUAUUUAUAUAUUGAACACCAUUGAACAAUGUACUACCUGAUUUUCUUAUUGAUUAUUAUUUCAUAAAGAGGGAAUUUAAAUAAGAGGAUGUGUCUAUUUACAUAAAUAUAUAUAUAUACCUUUCAAUAAUUUAUUCAUUUGUUUAUUUUCAAUGCACUUUCAAUUAUCAACGGUAAAAUGUAUACAAGUGAUUAUUGACUGCGGUGACGUGCACUCCCAGUGUUUAUUAUUAUUAUUACUAAUACUACUACUAAUAUUGUGUUAAUAUUACUGCCUUAUUUGCCUUAUUGUAUUAUUAUUUAUUUAUUUUGGUUUGUUGUUCUUGUUAUUGUUGAUAUUUUCCAUUUGUAAUUGAGCUUUCAAUCUAAAUUUUAUUUUGUUUUUUAUUAUUUUUAUUGUUCGUAGUAGUAAUAGUAUUAGUAUUACUACUAUUUUUGUGGUUUACUUAGCGAACGGAAAAGAAACCUAAUCGGGAGAUUUUGUGUGGGUAGGGGGUGGUGGGGAAUAAAUCAAAGUGUGUAAUCAAUAUUCUUACACUUUUGUCUUCCUUCUAUAUCGAUCUACACUCUAACUUUCUCUAUCUCUCUCUCUCUCCUUGCCUCCCUGCCUCCCUCCCUCCCCCUCACACACCCACAUAUACUCACAUACGAAGAUGUGUUGUAAUUAUUUUGAGGUGUUUUGUUUAUUAUUUUUUUUAAGUGGUAACACCAAUUACUAUUAUUGUUAUUAUUACUAUUACUAUCAUUAUUAGAUGUGUAUUAUAAAUAUUUGUGAUUUGUAAUCAUGAAGGUUGUGUAUUGAUUAUCUUUGCUUUUUUUAUUUUGAAAUAAAGAUUAUUUUCUAUUGGAGUAGUAACACCUUAUAAAAACCUUAUAAACUAUAUACUACUAUUGAUUCAUUGAGAUGAGUAGUAUAAGUAGUAGUAGUAGUGUAACAACAGAAGACAAGGG